ACGAAAAAAUUUUAAUAAAAGAAUUCCAUAUCUAGAAAUUAAAAUAUUUUAACUCCAAAAUGAAACGAAAAUUGAGUAAUUCACGCACUGCUGCUUAUCGGCGGAACAAACGACGAAUAAUUAAUUUUCUAGAAGCUUUCCAUCCUGACGACUGUCCUCCGAUUCCACUGAAUUAUCUACGACUGCAAGAUGAUGAUCAAGGAAAUUCGUCUACUGCCCAAGAAGAUUCGAAUCGAACAAAUAAUGAAGUUACAGUUCAAUUCAACGAAAGAGAUGAUUCUAUUAUUAUUGAUAAUAAUGAUUUAAACGUUCACGAUGAUGAUGACGACAACCGCGAUGGUGGAAACAUAGAAUAUAACAAUUAUGGUGACAAUGCUAUUGUUACCAACGACAAUAAUGAUAAUUUAGAUGUUAACGAUGACCAUAAUGUCGACCGUUAUGAAAAUAACAAUAAUGACGCUUACGAUGAUGAUGACGACGCGGGUGGUAGCAGCAAUGAUAAUAACGAUAGUAAUAAUGAACAACAUGAUCAAGUAAAUGUUCUUCACACUCCAUUUCUCAGUAUUGAUGGUAUAACUGAUAAUGUUCUAUUGGCUAAAGAUAAUAUAAAUAUUAAAGACCAUAUUUUAUCGGCCAUUGCGAUGUCAGUUAGACAUAAAUUAAGUUAUGAAGCGACUAUUGACCAAUUAAAAUGGUUAAAGACUAUUUAUCAUGAAAACUCCAUUCCAACCGACAAAAAUCAAUUAUGGACAUGUCUAAAUAAGAACGAUAAUUGCCUUACGCGUCACUAUUAUUGCCAGAUAUGUCGUGACUAUUUAGGUGAAAAAUGUAAAGAAUCUGGUAAAUUACAAAAACAAUGUGCUUGUAAAUCAUGCGGUCCAGACGAUGAAUUAGAAGCUAAUCUAUGCUACUUCAUUUAUAUUAGUUUAACGGCACAACUAAAAGAGUUGUUUUCGAUACCAAAUAUCAGUGAAUUAUUGAAGUAUCGAUUUAGAAGAAUAAAAAGAGACCCAGAUGCUUAUGAGGACAUAUACGAUGGUGAUCAAUACAAAUUAUUAAGUUCACCAGGAAAAUUUUUAAAUAAGUGGUUCAAUUUAUCGUUUACUAUAAACACCGAUGGCUGUCAAACGACGAAAUCUUCAAAUUGUAGUGCGUGGCCAGUAUACGCAAUGAUAAAUGAACUGUCCCCACAACUGAGAAAGAAGCAUAUGCUUCUUGUUGCCAUUUAUGUUGAUGCGCAGCAUCCAAUGAUGAAUUACUUUUUGAGACCGUUUACUGACGAAAUCCAAAUACUCUUCACUACAGGUAUCAAAUGGAAACCUUCAGCAACAUCAGAGAUCAUUUCAAGAUUUAUGGUAACUACAUGUAGCCUUGAUGCUCCAGCUCGGGCAUCUGUGACUAGUAUGAUUCAGUAUAAUGGGAGAAAUGGUUGCUUAUGGUGUUAUGCUAAAGGGAAAAGUUUAGGACCCGGUAAAUUUGUGUAUCCCUUCUGCCAGUGCUAUAAAAAACAACGAACUGAUGCUGAGGUACGGAAUGACAUGCUUUAUGCUUUUGACACUGGUAAAAUCAGACAUGGAGUAAAAAAUAUUUCUUCUUUAGUCGCCUUACCACUUUUCAAUAUAUGCAAUGGAGUCGUAGUUGAAGCGAUGCAUGCCGUCUAUCUUGGAGUAGUUAAACGGCACACAGAGAUACUGAUGGAUUUGAAAUUUAGUCCAAAAGCAUGCAAAAGUAAAGCACGUAAAACCAAACCUCCUUAUUAUGUUGGGGACUUUAACAGCAGAAAGUUGAUCGAUAGACGCUUGUUAUCGAUUAAACCUCCCUCCUGUAGAUCGCGUAGGCCGAGAUCUAUAUCUACUUAUCAAAAAUGGAAGGCGUCGGAGUGGAGAAAUUGGUUGGACUAUGCUCCGAGUUGUUUACAAAAUAUAUUACCUGUAAAAUAUGUAAAUCAUCUAGCACUUCUAUCUGAAGCAAUCCAUCAUUUAAAUAGUGAUAGUAUUUCUCACGCUAAUCUCGAUCGCUGCGAACGUUUAUUAAAAAAGUAUGUGAAACUUUUUCAACAAUAUUUUGGAGAGGUUAACAUGACAUCGAACUUGCAUACACUUACUCAUUUGGUAAAAGUUGUACGGGAUUGGGGACCAAUUUGGGUUCAUGAGGCGUUCGUCUUUGAAAGUUGGAACCGGAAAAUCUUGGAAUAUGUCACUAGUUCAUUUGCUCCAACAGAACAAAUCGCAACACGAUUUCUAAUGUAUAGAUUUUUAAUAACCAGUAUGUACAAGAAUGCAGUAUCCUCUGAGACCAAAAGAUUUGUUUUUAAAUUAAUAAAAAUAUCGCCUGGAAAAAACAACAACAAAGAUAAGUUGAUAGGUUUAGGAAAACAAGUAAUCUGCCCACCUACAGAAGAUCAACGCACUGAAUUAAUUCGAGCGGGAUUUAAUCCAAUAAAUUUAAUACACUUUAAAAAAAUGAAAAUUAAUGGAGCAAGGUACAUGUGUAAAAAAGAAAAGAACUUAAAAUUCGACGACACUGUGGUAUGUAAUGGUAAUGGUGAAUUCGGAGUUGUGGAGGCAAUUGUUAAAUUUUUGAAUGGUAAUGAAAUUAUUAGAGGUUUUUUUAUGAAACCCAUAAGAGAAAUACGGUCCGCAUUCAAUACUAACUUUAUCUUCCAGGCAGCUCUGUCUAAUGAAUUAAUUUUCAUCAGGGAAUCACCGUUUAUUAAACCAGCUAUUCGAUUAUAUACCGGACGAAACUUUUAUAUAUUGAAACAACCUAAUUGUUGGGAAACCGACUGAGCAUUUGUUAUAAUUUUGUAAACAUUUAUUGUUAAAACUUAAUUAAUUACUGUACAUUCCGAAUCAUAAAAAUAAGUAUAUUGAGAAUUAGAAUAGUUAUUAGACUUG